AAGGCAGCAGUAGAGAUGAAUCAUAAGUGAGGUAUGAAAGGCAAAACAAGUGAAAAGCAACAAAUCAACGACAACCAGAACACUACAUGUAGUGUAGCAGACUGACCUGUCCAGAGUGUUGGUGGUGGUUGAAGGAAGAAAUGAGACGUGAGGCCCACUCCACCCUCUCCUCACUGGGAGAGAAGGCUUCCUGAACCACUGGCACCUGAGCUGGGUGGAUGACCUUAGAGAGAGGGAGGGAUUGGGAGAAGGGAGAGGGAAAGAAAGGUAAGAAAGGGAGGGAGGAAGUGGGAGCAGAGAAAUGUGCAUCGGCAGGCUCGAAGUUUUUUUAACAGAGGGGAUAUGGUUUUUGCGUUGUCCAUAUACAAAGUUACUUACAAUGGUGGUUCAUCUUCGUUCUGUGUAUCAUCAGCAUUCCCACUAACAGGACGCACGCAUGCGCACGUUGUUAUAACAUUUUUGGGGCGCGACCCACCACACACACACACACACCCGGACCCAGCGCAGAGAGCUGGGGCCCUGGUCGUCAUCUUCAUCUUGAACCGUGGCUACUGAGAGACCAGCAAGAUCAGACUGUCGUGACCCACAGCACGAGAAAUGGCCGCGGAAGGCCUUCUCGCCGAGUAUCCAGAGCUGCGGCCGUUCGUCCUCCCCAACGUGCGACUCACUGGCAUCAGAAUCGGCGCCGGAGCCUACGGCAGCGUGGAGGAGGUGGCCGUGCCUGGAGCCAUCUGCGCCGCCAAAAAAGAUCCACGACAUCUUCCUGGACCGCUCCGAGAUCCCCGCGGCCGAGAUCCGCAGAGCCACUGCCCAGUUCGUGAGGGAAUGUCAGCUUAUGAGCACCCUCGGCCACCCGAAUAUCGUCAAGUUUCUGGGCGUCGCCUUCUUUCCCGGCUCGCGACUGCCAGCCCUCGUCAUGGAGCGACUGCUGACGAGCCUUCACGACUUGCUGGACCCAGAAACGGACCCGCCUCCCCCGCCCAACACGCCCAAGCCGUUCUUCCCGCUGAGCCUAAAGUGCUCGAUCCUGCACAACGUGGCGUGCGGUCUAGCCUACCUCCACGAGCGAACGCCGCCCGUCAUCCACCGCGACUUGUCGGCCAGAAACGUUCUCCUGAACUCGGGGAUGGUGGCCAAGAUCGUGGAUUUGGGCGUGGCUCGUAUCGUGCCUCGUAUGAGAACUGCAGCCACCAUGACAAAGGGACCUGGGGCCUCAGUCUACAUGCCUCCAGAAGCCAGUGCUCCUGCUAAAUCGAAUGCCCAAAAGUCAAAGUACGAUGCCAGUAUCGAUGUCUUCUCUCUUGGAGUAGUUGCCAUUUUCACAAUCGGUGAGGUCUUCCCCUGCGAUCCCGUUGCUGCAACCUAUCUCGAUGAAGAAACUGGGUUGCUAGUAGCUCGCACUGAACUACAGCGACGCGCUGAGUACAUGCGACACGUGAACGAGCAACUCCGUGCCAGUGGCCAGCUCCGUGGGGACCACCCUCUCAUUCGGCUGAUCCAGCAAUGCCUGCACAACGGUCCUCACAAACGCCCGAGCAUUCGUGAGGUGCUGCGUCUGUUGGAGGAGGCCAGAGCUGGAGCCAGGGACAGCGGAUGGGAAGAGGUGCAAGCUGCUCAGACCCAGCCCAGGAACCAGAGUUCUGAGAGAGAUCUGCAGUCUCGUGUGCAGGAGCUACAGCAACAGCUGCAGUCCAGGAACCAGGAGAAUGCAGAUCUCCAGUCAAGCGUGCAGGAACUACAGCAACAGCUGCAGUCCAGGAACCAGGAGAAUGUCAAUCUCCAGUCAAGUGUGCAGGAACUGCACUUCAGGAAUCAGGCCAAGGACAGGGAGUUAGCUGAGGCUCAGCAGCAACUGAGACAGAAGGAAGAAGAGCUCCAAUCCAGUGAGAGAGAGGAACAGACAGUCAGACAACAGCUCAUCAGCUCACAGCAGCAACUGAGACAGAAGGAGGAAGAGUUAGCUAGACAAGGAGCAGAGCUGACAAGAGCAGAGGAGACUAUCAGGAGAGAACUGCAGCAACUGAGACAGAAGGAAGAAGAGCUCCAAUCCAGUGAGAGAGAGAAACAGACAGUCAGACAACAGCUCAUCAGCUCACAGAGACGGGAGACUGAGUUAGUGCAGGCCAAGGACAGGGAGCUAAGAGAGAAGGUGUCAUUGCUAACAAGGAAGGAGAGAGAGUUAGCUGAGACUCAGCACCAACUGAGACAGAAGGAGGAACAGCUGCGAUCAAGUGAGGCUCUAGUGGCUGACUUCCAGAAGACCCUCCAGCAGAGAGACUCAGAGCCAACUCAGAGGACAAAGACCCAGUCUAGUCUUCUACCAACAGCUGUACCACAUUCCACACAAGUCAAUAUUAAACCCAGAAAGCUCACUGUGCAGUGUCAUCGUAAGAAGACAGCACCAUGUAGAAUGGCCAGAGGAUCUUCAACAACUGAUGGUCGAUUUGCAUACUUCACCCCACGUGACUCCAACUCAGUCUACCAAUAUGAAUGUAGUACAGAGAAAUGGGAGGAACUUCCUUCAUGUCCAUAUCACAACUCUGGACUAGUCAUCAUUGACAGGGAACUAACUGCUGUGGGGGGAGAGGAUGGAUCUCGUUUACUAACAAACUAUACACACUACGACAGAGGAAAUGGGUUGAGAAAUACCCUCCAAUGAACACUGCACGUUCCGACACUGCUGUAGUUAGUACAUCUGAUGGCGAAUACCUCAUUGUGAUUGGGGGUGUUGGUGGUGUUAGUUGGACUGCUACAGUUGAACUAUUUCAAGUGAAGAGCAGAAGAUGGUACCAACUAACAGACUUACCACAACCUCUCACCCUCCCUUCAGCCACAAUAUGUGGUGAUCUAGUACAUGUGGUAGGAGAUGGUGAUGACGGCUACUCGUGUUCUCUUGCAGCUCUACCAUCCAGUGACAAACCAAUCCCACCACAGUCAAUACCACACCUCAUAUCAUGGAAACCUCUCCCUCCUCUACCAGUGACACUCAACAGCUGCCACUCUCUGUGGACAGCUAGUACUCAUUGGUGGCAGUCGAUCUGGGUCACCAGUCAACUCCAUUCACCAGCUAGUGGAUGGACAGUGGGUGGAGAUUGGCUCUAUGACUAGUGGUAGGUACUGCUGUUUAGUAGCCAGUCCAUCACCUGACAAGAUCAUCAUAGUGGGUGGAGUUUGGAGCAGAGGACAGUGUUGAAGAAUGUGUUGUUGUUUAGUUACAAGUACGCUUUUUUUGUAAUACUCAUUGUACAGUAUAAUUA